AGAUCACGCUGUUAUUGGCUGUCACCUUAACCGUCUUAAUGUCGGCAGUAUCCGCCCAAUUCGGUGGUGGUUUUGGGGGCUUCGGGGGCAGUCAGGGCGGAUUCGGGGGCGGUCAGGGCGGAUUCGGGGGCAGUCAGGGUGGAUACGGGGGCAGUCAGGGCGGAUUCGGGGGCGGUCAGGGUGGGUUUGGGGGCAGUCAGGGUGGAUUCGGGGGCGGGCAGGCCGGUUUCGGGGGCGGUCAGAGAGGAUUCGGGGGCAGUCAGGGUGGUUUUGGCGGUGGGCGGGGCGGUCAGGGCGGAUUCGGUAGUGGCCAGGGAGGCCGCGGUUUCGGAGGUAGCCAAGGAGGCUUUGGUGGCAACCAAGGAGGUUUUGGUGGCAACCAGGGAGGUUUUGGUGGCAACCAAGGAGGUUUUGGUGGACAAGGUGGAUUCGGAUGACAAGGUGGCUUCGGAGGCUAAUUGGUCGUAUGAGA